AUGCAGUCCACGCUCGCGCGGCCCGCGUCUCUGGCGCGAUCCUCCGCGACGCUGUCGUCGAGCGCGACGCACCGCGGGGUUGGGUUGGCGGUGACGUCCCCAGCGCCGCGCCUCGCGCGCCGCGGCGCGAACCGCGGCGUCGUGAAAGUCCGCGCCGAGGCGUCCGAAAAGAACCUCGAGGUCAUGCGCAAGUUCAGCGAGCAGUACGCCAAGGGCAGCGGGACGUACUUCUGCAUGGACAAAUCAGUCACCGCGGUCGUGAUCCAAGGCCUCGCCGAGCACAAAGACACGCUCGGGUCGCCGCUGUGCCCGUGCCGGCACUACGACGACAAGGAGGCGGAGGUGAAGAGCGGGUUUUGGAACUGCCCGUGCGUCCCGAUGCGGGAGCGGAAGGAGUGCCACUGCAUGCUGUUCCUGACGGAGGACAACGACUUCGUCGGGGACGAGCAGACGAUCACGAUCGACGAAGUCGUGGAGCUCAGCGAAGGGAUGAUGUGAUGACGUCAUGAGACGUGGCGCGACGCGACGCGACGCGAGAAGAUCGGAUCGAUCGCGGCGGAUCGAUCGAUCGCGGCGGCCGGGGUAUGAAUGCGUACGAUGAAUACGAUGAGUCGAUCGGCACGGGCGAUAACGGAGAGCGAACGGAGAGCGACGGAGAGCGACGCGACGCGUGGCCGCGGGUUUUAAAGUGAGACAUUUUCUUUGAG